CCCGCACCUCCUCUUCCAACCCACAAUGAACACCUACCUCUUCAUGAUGCAAGCCCAGGGCAUCAUGAUCCGGGAGAACAUGAGGACAAUAGGAGCUCAGGUCUACGAGCAGGUGGUCCGCAGUGCCUAUGCCAAGAGGAACAGCAGUGUGAAUGACUCAGAUUAUCCUCUUGAUUUGAAUCACAACGAAACCUUUCUGCAAGCCACAACUUUUCUUCCUGAAGAUUUUACCUACUUCCCAAACCAUACCUGUCCCGAGAGACUCCCUUCUAUGAAGGGCCCCAUUGAUGUAAAUAUGAGCGAAAUCACGAUGGAAGAUAUCCACCAGUUCUUCUCAAAAGACCCCUCUAUCAAGCUGGGAGGCCAUUGGAAGCCGAGCGACUGCGUGCCGCGCUGGAAGGUGGCCAUCCUGAUUCCAUUCCGCAACCGCUACGAGCACCUUCCCGUCCUGUUCAGACACCUGAUUCCAAUGCUGCAGCGGCAACGCUUACAGUUCGCCUUUUACGUUGUUGAGCAGGCUGGUAACCAGCCCUUUAACCGUGCCAUGCUCUUCAACGUUGGCUUUCGGGAAGCAAUGAAGGACCUGGACUGGGAUUGUCUCAUCUUUCACGAUGUGGACCACAUACCAGAGAACGACCGUAACUAUUAUGGAUGUGGACAGAUGCCAAGACACUUUGCAGCCAAGCUGGAUAAGUACAUGUAUCUGCUCCCGUACAAUGAGUUCUUUGGAGGAGUGAGUGGCCUGACUGUGGAGCAGUUCCAGAAAAUCAAUGGCUUCCCCAACGCCUUCUGGGGCUGGGGCGGAGAGGAUGAUGACCUUUGGAACAGAGUGCAGUAYGCAGGCUAUUCGGUGACUCGACCAGAAGGAGACACGGGGAAAUACAAAUCGAUUCCCCACCAUCAUCGGGGAGAAGUGCAGUUCCUAGGAAGGUACGCCUUGCUGAGGAAGUCGAAAGAAAGGCAAGCCCUGGACGGCCUCAAUAACUUGAACUACUUUCCAAACGUCACGUAUGACGCAUUGUAUAAGAACAUCACUGUUAACCUGACACCAGAGCUGGCUCUGGUGAGCGAAUAUUAAGAGGAGAAAAUAACUUUGCUCUGCCCUUCACCAAGAAAGCGCCGCUUUAGACUUUCUUUUCUAAGGGUUAUCAAGGACAAGAAAUACUUUGGCUAAUGAAGGAUCACAGUAUUUUGGAGAAUAAGGCUGAAAGCGCACGCACAAAUUGUCCUUGCUGUACCAAUCCAACCCGAUACUCGUGCAGCGAGCUCAGCAGUCUCUUUCCUUUCCCGCCACUCGCUUUCCGGGUUUCAGGACAACGAUUUGAACUGCUGCUCUCGUCUCACAUUCCACCUCCAGCAUCUCCAGCGCCGGGGCCCGACGCRGACCCGCGUCCCUCCCUGCGAGCCGGCUCGGCCCAGUGACUCUGGCUUCCCGACUGGCACGGUCGGAAGCAACUGCCCCAGCUGGGAGAUCAAACAAGACUUCUGAUACCGUUCUAUGUUUGUGCGGUUUUUUAAAUGACCUGCUUGAAGUAUAUACAACAGAAUCGCUUCUUAAAGAAGUGUAAGUGUAAAUAUGCUGUGUAAAUUGCCCCUUUUUAUUUUCUUCUAUGGUUCAGAUCCAAGCUAGAGGUUUACAUAAGGUCACUUAUUUUAGUCCUGGAUUCUGUAAGCACUUGUGUGUGCAUCACUGUACUUGUGCAAGUUGUUCCCUUUUCAGCCAGUGAGACUGCUUGCAUGAUUUAAGCUAUGCAUAUGCAUAAAUGUUCGUGGAACAGGGCCCUAAACUUUAAAAUGUAGCAGUGGAUAAAUGCAGCYAUGUCAUCACUCAUUGCAGAAAUCACGCGGGUGGUGCUUACCAGGGAGAGGGAGGAAAUGGGAAUAUUUAGGGGGAGAGGGAAUCCCAUUUCUGUCACUUCUGAUGCAUAACACACAAAUUAGCCUGAAAGCCAUAGGGGAUGGAAUCCGUUGCCUGUUGCUGUGGAUGCCCCUUGGAUGGCAAGCUCAAUCUUGGCAGGGUGGUCAAGUUCCCAGACAUCAACCCCCUGGGCACCUGU